CCAUUCCCCAACUCCUGCAAGCUUGACAAUCCCUUCCAGGACCCAGCUAUGAUCCAGCACCGACCCAGCUAGCAGUAUGCCAUGCUUGAUGUCUACAACCCUUUUGAGAACCGAGAGCCUCCACCAGCCUAUGAGCCUCCUGCCCCAGCUCCAGCCCCUGCCCCAGCCCAGUUGCCGCCUCCUGCAUCUCCCUCUGUACAGUCCUCAAGGAAGCUCAGCCCCACAGAGCCCAAGAACUAUGGCUCCUACAGCACUCAGGCUUCUGCUGUUGCAGCCACUGCUGAGCUGCUCAAGAAGCAGGAGGAGCUCAACCGGAAGGCAGAGGAGUUGGACAGCGGGGAACGAGAACUGCAGCAUGUUGUCCUGGGUGGCACAGCUCGACAGAACUGGCCUCCCUUACCAUCUUUUUGCCCAGUUCAGCCUUGCUUUUUCCAGGACAUCUCCAUAGAGAUACCUCAUGAAUUUCAGAAGACAGUGUCCUCCAUGUACUACCUCUGGAUGUGCAGCACUUUGGCUCUUCUCCUGAACUUCCUCGCCUGCCUGGCCAAGUUCUGUGUGGCUCGCUUUGGGCUGUCUAUACUUUGGCUCCUCCUUUUCACCCUCUGCUUCUUUGUCUGCUGGUAUCGCCCCAUGUAUAAGGCUUUCCGGAGUGAUAAUUCAUUCAAUUUCUUCGUUUUUUUUUUUUUUUUUUUUUUUUUUUUCUUCAUUUUCUUCGUCCAGGAUGUGUUCUUUGUCCUCCAGGCCAUUGGCAUCCCAGGGUGGGGCUUCAGUGGCUGGGUCUCUGCAAUUGUGACGGUGAACACCAACACAACUGUGGCCGUGCUCAUGCUAUUGAUUGCCCUGCUCUUCACUGGUGUCGCUGUGCUGGGAAUUGUGAUCCUGAAGCAGGUCCACUCUUACCGCCGAACAGGUGCCAGCUUUCAGAAAGCCCAGCAAUUUGAACUGCUGCCGCCAAUGCUGCAUUGGCUGAAAAUGCCUUCAGGGCCCCAUGACCCCUACUGGCAUGCCCUGACCCUGCCACCCGUGGGAACUAAGAUAGCCCCUAUCCCUGAAGUCUUAGGAAUUCAGGGAGACAUCACUUACUGA